AUGGGUCAUGUGGAUCAUGGCAAGACAACCCUGUUGGACUAUAUCCGGAAGAGCAAGGUUGCUGCCUCAGAGGCUGGUGGAAUUACACAAGGAAUUGGGGCAUAUAAGGUGCUUGUACCAAUUGAUGGAAAGGUGCAAUCAUGUGUUUUCCUUGAUACUCCUGGGCAUGAGGCAUUUGGAGCAAUGAGAGCUCGUGGAGCAAGGGUGACAGACAUUGCUAUCAUUGUAGUGGCUGCCGAUGAUGGAAUCCGCCCUCAAACAAAAGAGGCCAUAGCUCAUGCUAAAGCUGCUGGCGUGCCAAUAGUAAUAGCUAUAAAUAAGAUAGACAAGGAUGGAGCUAAUCCAGAUCGAGUCAUGCAAGAGCUUUCUUCUAUUGGUCUAAUGCCAGAGGACUGGGGUGGUGAUGUUCCAAUGGUCCAGAUUAGUGCUCUUAAAGGGAAGAAUAUAGAUGAGCUUUUGGAAACUGUUAUGCUAGUUGCAGAGUUGCAAGAUUUAAAGGCUAAUCCUCAUAGAAGUGCGAAAGGCACAGUCAUUGAGGCCGGUCUUCAUAAAUCUAAAGGACCUUUAGUUACACUUAUCGUGCAAAAUGGAACCCUUAGACGGGGGGACAUAAUAGUUUGUGGAGGAGCCUUUGGAAAGGUGCGGGCUUUAUUUGAUGAUGGUGGAAAUCGUGUCGAUGAAGCUGGACCCUCUAUGCCUGUUCAGGUUCUUGGAUUAAAUAAUGUUCCUGUUGCUGGUGAUGAAUUUGAUGUUGUUGGCUCCCUUGAUGUUGCACGCGAAAAGGCAGAGUCACGUGCUGAGUCAUUGCGAAAUGAACGUAUAUCAGCUAAGGCUGGUGACGGCAGGGUUACUCUUUCUUCCUUAGCAUCUGCAGUCUCAUCAGGAAAGCUGUCUGGAUUAGACUUGCACCAGCUAAAUAUUAUUCUGAAGGUUGAUCUUCAGGGAUCUAUUGAGGCUGUCAGACAAGCCCUGCAGGUGCUCCCACAAGAUAAUGUCACCUUGAAGUUUCUCUUGGAAGCAACAGGUGAUGUAAGCACCAGUGAUGUUGAUCUUGCUGCUGCCAGCAAAGCCAUCAUUUUCGGAUUCAAUGUCAAAGUACCGGGUUCUGUGAAAAGCUAUGGAGAAAACAAAGGCGUCGAGAUCCGCCUUUAUAGAGUUAUCUAUGAACUUAUUGAUGAUGUACGAAAUGCAAUGGAAGGACUCCUAGAGCCUGUUGAGGAACAAGUGACAAUUGGCUCAGCAGAAGUCCGGGCCGUAUUCAGCAGUGGUAGUGGUCGUGUUGCUGGAUGCAUGAUAAAUGAGGGAAAAGUUGUUAAAGGCUGUGGUGUUCAGGUCAUUCGAAGGGGAAAAGUAGUGCAUGUUGGCCUUCUUGAUUCGUUGAAACGGGUUAAGGAAAUUGUGAAAGAGGUAAAUGCUGGACUAGAGUGUGGAAUUGGGGUGGAAGACUAUGACGAUUGGGAGGAGGGAGAUAUUCUUGAGGCCUUCAACACAGUCCAAAAGAAGCGGACCCUUGAAGAGGCGUCCGCUUCAAUGGCGGCUGCAGUGGAAGGAGCGGGAAUUCAAUUGUAG